AUGGUCGAUCCACUUGACCCCGCCCUGUUGGCGGACGAGCUGACUGUCGGCGGCAGCCAGGAGGAAGCCGAGCAGCCUUCCACGCCGCCCAUCAGAAGAACCACGAGAGCCGGAAGCCGUCCCCAGAGGUCGAUCGGCCUGAGUGUUUCCCCGAAGGUCCUCAACAAGCCGGCGGCCAACAAGCCUCCGGCCGACUGUCCCAGCCCCAGCAAGCUCUCCGUCUCCGCCAGUUCAUUCAAGCGCCGCUCACUCAAUCUUGCCCACCUCCUCCGCCACCCGACGUCGAUCCGCAACCAGAGCUCAUCGGCCAGCCCCGGGCUCAGGUCGCCCACCAACCCCGAACACGUCCGCCACCCGCUCUCGCCAGCCACCCCAACCAACCCCACCUCGCCCCCGCUGCCCAGCAGGAAACGGCCCCCCUCCGCCUCAAGACACUCCCACCAGCCGGCCCCCCCGGCCGAGCCGCACAGCCACUCCUUCAGCUGUCCGUGCUGCAGCCGAUCGAUCACCCUCCCCGAUCACUCGCUUAGUCAGCCCGUCCGAUGCCCGACCUGUGCGAUCAUCUGGGACUCCCCGCAGUCCUUCCUCAUCGGGCUGAACAAGACGAAUGACGAUCCCAUCCCCGAGGACCGGCUCGGCGAAGCAGGCCAGCCGGCGGAAACCACCCUGACGAUCGCCGAGGAACAGAUCGCCCAGCUCCACUCUCUCUCGCUCAGCCAGGACCAGCUGGACCGCUUCGACCGCGACCCGAGCGCCUUCCUGGCCGCCGUCAGCCCGGGCUCAGAGACCGACCGGCGCAGCAAACACUUCGACCAGCUCGCCCACGAGCUGCUCUCCAAACUAUUCGCCUCCAUCUCCAACCUCUCAUCCGCCUUCCUAUCCCAGCCAUCAGCAACACAGCAACCAGCACCCCAGACGGUGCAAAUCGAACUGGUCAACAGCUUCUUCCAGGCCAUCUGCAGCGGCUUGACUGGCCGGGAUAUCCUUCUCUCCCACCUCUACAACUUCUUGAACCGUCCCGGUCAUCCAUCUGUCUCGGUCAUCUCAAGCUUCCGGUCAACCACUGAUUCUCAAACGAUCGAUGACCCCAUCCAAUGGGCCUGGGCUAUUGUCCUUCUACAAUGUCCCAUUCUAUCACCCGCUAGUAAGAUUGCCCCCCAAAAACGUCUGGUGAUAACCGCCCGGACACUUGGUCUGAUUUCAUCGAUGCCCAAUCGAUUACAUCAUCGGCUCGUCUCGUUUUACAGCCAUCCAAGCUGUCCAACCAAAAUGUUUGCGGAUAAAGUCGAAUUGGUCAACGUGUUUGUCAGCGACAGAAUUCGCCACUUUCUCCAACUCCCAGACGGCUUUGGGGCUGGCUUUGAACAGCAACCGACUCCGCAUCUGCCCAAAUACAUGCAUGACUGGUCCUUGUUGGCCGCAAGCAGAAUGAUGGCUCUACUAUGUGGAUCUAACUUCCAGUCACGCAAGUUGCCGCCAACUUCGUUUUAUAAUGUGUCCACUGAUCUAAUCCAACCGAUUGAUCUGGUCUUUGACUUCGAAAGUUGGGAGAGCAGAAAGUCGUCCUUCACCCUAUGCGGCUAUCCAUGUCUACUGAGCAUGGCGAGUAAGAUCUCCUUAUUGACAUACGAUGGAAAGCGUCAAAUGGGUUUGGAGGCUCGCCAAGCAUUCAUCGAUAGCUUACUGGGAAGAUCCCUUGCUCCCCCAGUGCUCCCUCUUUCUAUAAGAAGGUCCCAUCUCGUCGAGGACUCGCUCCGCCAAAUCGCUAGCUCUCAGUCCGAACUGAAGAAGUUACUCAAGAUCACCUUUGUGGACGAGGAAGGUGUGGAUGGUGGAGGAUUGAAGAAAGAGUGGUUCCUUUUAUUGAUCCGGCAGUUGGUUGCGCCCGAGUAUGGAAUGUUUUUACAUGAUCCAGAUCAACACCAGAUAUGGUUCAAUCCAGCCAGUCAAGAGUUCGAAGAGUUCAGAUUAAUAGGAACCGUGCUAGGCUUAGCAAUUUAUAACCGAGUCACCUUAGAUUUCGGAUUGCCAUUGGUAGGUUAUCGGAAGUUAUUAGGUCUCCCCGUAAACCGAUCAGACUUAGCAGCUCUGAAACCCGAGGUUGCUAAAAACUUGGGCUGGUUACUGGAAUACGAUGGCGAUGAUUUUGAGGAGAUAUGUUGUCGGAACUUUGUUGGUGAUUAUGACGCUUAUGGGGCGAUCGUUGAGGUCCCCUUGAUUCCUAACGGCGAAAACAUCCCCGUCACCAAGUCGAAUCGAGCCGAAUUCGUCAAGCUUUACUGCGAUUACAUCCUCAAUAAGUCCAUCGAAAAACAGUUCAAGGCGUUCUCAGAUGGAUUCAAUUCGAUUGCUGCCGGCAACGGACUAAGCUUGUUUCAGCCAGAAGAGAUCGAACUCUUGGUGAUCGGAUCCACAUACAACUCAAAAUUGGACAUCGAGGAUCUCAAAGCGAUCACACUGUAUGUCGGCUUUUCGCCUACCGAUCUGACGGUCCAGUACUUCUGGAUAGUCAUCGACAGCUUCAGCUUCGAGGACCAGAAGAAGCUGCUAAGGUUCAUUACUGGCACCGACAGGAUCCCCGCCACCGGGAUCUCGGGCCUCAAUCUCAAGAUCACCCGCUCCGUCCGUCCGAUCGACGUCAAUCCAAACAGUCGCCGGCGCCAUCUUCAAUCAAACCAGCUCGGAACAUUGACGAUCAACGAACGGCUGCCCGAAAGCCACACCUGCUUCAACCAGCUCAUCCUUUCUGACUUCUCUUCCGUCCAAUCUCUCGACGAGAAGCUCCGUCUAGCGAUCAACGAGUCCGAAGGAUUCGGCUUGAAUUAG